AUGAAUUCCAAUACUAGUUCGGUCAGCAUCGCAUUACAAAGGGUCGGCGCGAUAGUCGUUAUCAGGUGGUCCAACAAUGGUUUUCGAGGCUUUGCCAGCAUACCGCCAACUAAGCCGAUAAGCUCUCUAACACCGGUGAAUAACAACUCGAUUGAAACGGUCACGCAGAAGGUUUCGGCCACCGGACUGCUACCCGCAUUUAAGUCGAAAAUAGCCGAAGUUACUAACAAAAGUGCUAUCUUUGAAAUUUCUGUUGGAGUGGUUUUGGCUCAGUACAAGCAGAUCUUCCUCAGUCUCAUGCGGAACAUCUUCCAAUCCUUCAGACCGCUGCUGAUCACCGUUAUUAUGGGUAACAUGCUCAAGAUGGCUGCAUUCUUGAUGCAAUUCCCCGUAUCAUUCUACUCAAUCUUCUUUUUCGAAGUAUUCUAUGGGAUGGCGCAAUUGGCGAUCAGCUUCGUCUUCGUGUGUUUCUUCCACAACGGCAUGAGCCUCCAGACGCGAGCUCGACAACAACUGCUUAGAACGAUGAGCCGUAACUUGAGACGGUUCAAGCAUAUGAUGAUCGCUCUAUACGUCUAUGGAACCCGUCUAGCACCGCAUGCGAGCCCAUUAAAACGUAUGACGGACGACAAUGCUAAGUUCAUCUCUGCUGGGGCCGACAAAUAUGUGUUCCUAUGGGAUGUGGCAACAGCAAAGAUUAUUCGAAGAUUUGCACGACACCGUGGGCCGGUCAACUGUUGUGAUUUCGCGGGCCAAGAGCAGAACAUACUCUUGACCGGGAGCAAUGAUAAGACUGUAAUGUUGUGGGACUGGCGAGCAUUCACCAACAACAAGCCGCUACAGACAUUAACAGAAGCGUAUGAUUCUGUGCAGGCCAUCAAGGUCAUCAACGAGUACGAGGUACUCACUGGAAGUCUGGACGGCUGCCUUCGACGUUAUGACGUCCGCUAUGGUCGGCUCACGGUUGACGAGUUCGAUGGGCAGUCGAUCAGCUGUAUAUCAGCAAGCUCUGAUGCCCGAUAUCUUCUACUGGGUAUGCUCGAUAGUGGCAUACGACUAGUGGAGACACAGAGUGGUCGGGUCGUUAAGAACUACAAGGGCAAGCAUGUCAAUCGAAGCUACAAAAUCUAUUGUACGUUUGACGGUUCCGAGAACCUUGUCCUCACUGGUUCGGAGGCAGGGAGUUUGGCGUGGUACGAUGUAGCAGACGACGAUUCAACUGGUUUUGUUACAGCACCAGCUAACAGCGGCGCAGUCCUAUGCGUACGGUCUUUCGAGUCGCAAGUGCUGGCCACCACACAAUCGGGUGAAAUACUGGUCUACCAUUCCGAUCCUCAACAGUCCACUGAGCUGGGCCCGGCGCAGGCAAACGUUUCUAAGUGA